ACCAUCGAGAGAAGAGCAUGCUCCUAGGCAAAUAUAAAUAGAUGAUUUGUGACAGCUCAAAUACGAUGAUAAGCCAGUCUGCGUCAAAUGGAUACUUUUCGGCCCUUCACUUUCUUCGCCAUAGUUUUGUUUCUUGCACAAAGAACAACAGCAGAUGUUGGAAGGAGAAAGGUGUUAGCAGAGGAUCAUGUCAGGGGCAUUAUAGGGGCGAUAGUAGAUAACAGCACUCGCUUCGGUAAGGAACAGAAAGUGGCGAUGGAGAUGGCGAUCAAGGAUGUUUAUGACAAGACAAGCUCAAGCUGUGAUUUGCGCCUGAUAACUUCUCAAACGGAACCUUAUCAAACAGCACUUGCAGCUUGGGAUCUUAUCAAUAAGCAAAAAGUGAAAGCUAUUCUGUUACCGCAGUCAUGGGAAGAAGCUUCUCUACUUGUAGGGAUUGGUAACCAAGCUAAAAUCCCAGUUCUUUCUUUUGCUGACUCAACUCCACUUUGGGCAACAAAGCGGUGGCCCUUCUUGCUUCAAGCUUCGCCAGACCAGAAUGCACAAAUGAAAGCCAUAGCUGCUAUUGUUGACUCUUGGGAAUGGCAUCAGGUCACUGUAAUUUACGAAGACAAUGACUCUUUCCGCAGUGGAAUCACACCUUAUCUAUCUGAUGCCCUGCGAGAAGUAGGAGUAGAAAUAAGCAAUCUUGUAGCCCUCUCACCGUUUGAUUCUUCUUCAUUUUAUACAAAGCUUGAGAGGCUUAAAGGUGAACAAUGCCGAGUAUUUUUGGUUCAUCUGUCCUUGCCAUUGGCUGUGAAACUUUUUGUGAAGGCUAAAGAAAUGAACAUGAUGGAAAAAGAUUAUGUCUGGAUAACUACAGAUCCCUUCACAAGCCUUGUCCAUUCACUCAAUGCCUCCACCAUUUCUUCCAUGCAAGGAAUUAUAGGUGUCAAGAGCUACUACCCCCAAAAAGAUCCACAUUUUCAAAACUUCCAUACUAGAUUUCGCAAAAACUUUAGCUUGGAAAAUCCAGAAGAGGACAACCAUGAACCUGGGGCUUUCGCUAUGCAGGCCUAUGAUGUUGUAUGGACAGUUUGUCUAGCAAUGAGGGAAAGAAGCAAUGGCGGCCAACAAUUGUUAGAUAAAAUUCUGCUGGGUAAGUUUAAUGGCUUAGGUAGAAAGGUGAAAUUUGAUGACAGGAAAGUAGCUCCUGUACAGAUAUUUCAGAUCAUCAAUGUGAUUGGAAAGAGUUACAAUGAGCUUGGGUACUGGUCAAAUGGACUGGGUUUCUCGGAGACAAGUACUGAUGAAAGAGUUGUAUACAAAACUUCUAUGAGCAGCCUAGGGCAGGUGAUUUGGCCAGGUCGACCUCGAACAACUCCAAGAGGAUGGACUCCUCCUACAGUCGCCAAUCCACUGAGAAUUGGUGUACCCACCCAAUCGGGUUUCAAGCAAUAUGUGAAAGUCGAACAUAAUUCCUCAACAAACAGUACAAAUUGCACAGGAUUUGCGAUCGACUUGUUCCAAGAAACCGUUGCGAGCCUGCCAUUCUACCUGCCAUACACUUUCAUUCCCUUCGAUGGAAAUUAUGAUGAAAUGGUGGAGCAGGUUUAUUUAAAGAAAUUCGAUGCGGUAGUUGGUGAUGUGGCCAUAGUUGCCAAGCGAUAUCAACAUGCAGAAUUCACGCACCCUUACACAGAAUCAGGAUUGGUGAUGAUAGUUCCAGUUCGCACAAAAAACAGCAACAGAGCAUGGCUAUUCGUGAAGCCCUUCACAAAAGCCAUGUGGGUACUAGUUGUAGCCAUUAGUGUCUACAACGGCUUUGUCGUCUGGCUGAUAGAGCGAAAGCACCGCCCUGAACUAAAAGGUUCCGCUCCCUAUCAAAUGGGUGCCUUGCUUUGUUCAGCCUUCACUACUCUCUUCUCCUUAAAUGGGGGAAAACUAAAUAGCAAUCUAUCACGGAUGGCAACGGUGGUGUGGCUGUUUGUGGCACUAGUUCUGACGCAAACUUACGUGGCUAACCUCACUAGUAUACUCACGGUGCGACGGCUUGAACCCACAGUGGCUGAUGUUGAGUCGCUGCGGAAUGAGAAUGCAAUGGUUGGAUACUCUAAUGGAUCAUUCGUGGCAAAUUAUUUGGUGGAAGUCUUAAACUUCCACGGGAGCAACAUCAAGACUUAUGACUCCCCCGAAGAAUAUGUUGAGGCACUAAGAAGUCAGGAAAUAGCAGCGGCCUUUCUUGAAGCUGCUUUAGCCAAAUUAUUUCUUGCAAAAUACUGCAAAGAGUUUAUCGCAGCCGGACCCACGUACAAAGUUGGCGGAUUCGGAUUUGUAUUUCCGAGGGGUUCUCUGCUGCUUCCUGACAUAACUAAAGCACUACUGAACGUAUCUGAGAGUGGUAGGUUACGAUAUUUAGAGAACAGGAUGAUUGCAUCUGAGAAGUGUUCGGAUGGAGAUUUGGUUGAUGAGAUGUCUAGACUUAGCCCCAGUAGCUUUUGGGUUCUUUUCAUGUUUACAGGAGGUACAUCAACAAUUGCUCUUUUGGUCUAUGUUGUUUGUCACAAAAGGUUCGGACAUAAAAUCGUAAGGAGACUCUCGUUGGCUGUAAUGAGACGUUGGUGGCAUCAGAAGAAGACAUUGUCUCGAAGACUACAUGAUAUAACAUAGUUUUCUUAAUUGUUUUUGCUUACUUCAAAAUAUAUAUCUUACUAGAUCGCAGGUCCUUAGGAUCAUCAGAAUCUCAUCUUCUAAUUUUGAGAUUGUAAAUAUUGUCUGGCUGAAAGUAUCUUGUACAUUUAGGUGAUAAUCAUUUUUUCAGAAGG